CCACCGGCACCGACGCGGUCGCAGCCGUGCGCCCUGCGGCGAGAGGGAGGCCGCCAGCCGGGCCGGGCAGACGUGCGCCAUGAGAGAAGCGCGCCCGUGGCGCUAACGGCGCUGCCCUGCGCCAGGAGAUUGCCCGAGAGAGCGGAAGGGACGGCGAGAGGAGGAAUCCGGCUCGCGGGCGGGAUGAGCGGCAGCGCGGCGCCCCCCGGGCCCGCAUCGGGCUCAGCCCCGUGCCGGUUCGCACACUACUUCGUGCUAUGCGGAAUCGACGCCGACAGCGGGCUGGAGCCCGAUGAGUUAGCAGUCUUAUACCAGUGGCUAGAAGCCGAUCGUCAUGGCAAGAGCUCAGAUACUGCAAACAGAACAUCAGGAGAAAAUUUUGACCAGAGCCCCAUAAGAAGAACAUUCAAGUCAAAAGUCUUGGCUCACUAUCCCCAGAACAUAGAGUGGAGCCCCUUCGAUCAAGAUGCCGUCAAUAUGUUAUGUAUGCCCAAAGGGCUCUCUUUCAGGACUCAGACUGAUAACAGAGACCCUCAGUUCCACUCCUUCAUUAUUACCCGGGAAGAUGGUUCCCGCACGUACGGGUUUGUCCUCACCUUUUAUGAGGAGGUCACAAGCAAGCAGAUUUGCACGGCCAUGCAAACGCUUUAUCAAAUGCACAACGCAGAGCAAUGCAGCAGCGUCUGCGCCUCGUCAUCAUGCAGCAUGGACUCCCUGGCCAGCAGCCUCGACGAAGGGGACUCCACAUCGCUGGCUAAGAUGCAGCGCUGCAACUCGUACGACAUCAGCCGGGACACGCUCUACGUCUCGAAGUGCAUUUGCCUCAUCGCUCCCCUGCCCUUCAUGCAAGCCUGCAAGAAAUUCCUCAUCCAGCUUUACAAGGCUGUCACUUCUCAGCAACCCCCACCUUUACCCCUGGAGAGCUACAUCCAUAAUGUUCUUUAUGAAGUGCCCCUUCCACCACCAGGGAGGUCACUGAAAUUCUACGGGGUGUACGAGCCCAUAGUUUGCCAGAGGCCGGGUCCCAGUGAACUUCCUCUCUCUGACUAUGCGCUCCGGGAGGCCUUCGAACUGCUGGGCUUGGAAAACCUCAUCCAGGUUUUUACAUGUGUCCUCCUAGAAAUGCAGAUCCUUCUUUAUUCACAAGACUAUCAGCGCCUGAUGACUGUUGCGGAGGGGAUCACCACACUGCUGUUCCCGUUUCAGUGGCAACAUGUGUAUGUCCCCAUCCUCCCAGCCUCUCUCUUGCAUUUUCUGGAUGCCCCUGUUCCUUAUUUGAUGGGUCUGCAGUCCAAGGAGGGAACAGAUCGUUCCAAACUGGAACUUCCCCAAGAGGCGAACCUCUGCUUUGUGGAUAUCGAUAACCACUAUAUAGAGUUACCAGAGGAGCUUCCUCAGUUUCCCAACAAGCUGGAUUUCAUCCAAGAAAUCUCUGAGGUUCUCCUGCAGUUUGGGAUUCCCCUUGAAGGUGCCCUCCAUUGCAAUGAGAGCACCACUAAACUGAAGAACCUUGUCCUCAGUGACUUGGCCAAUGAUAAAAAGAAUGGCAACAUCCCCAGCAAUACCAUCCACAUGUAUGAGCUGCUUAAAGGCAAUGAAACCAUUGCUCGCCUCCACGCUUUGGCAAAGAGGACUGGGGUUGCAGUGGAUAAAAUGAGCAUCACUGCUCCUCUGGCAGAAAAAGAAAGAGACAUUAAACUCCAGUGUGAAGAUGUGGAGCUGAAGGACUAUAAGCUAAAUGUGCAACUCCGGGAGGUGUUUGCCAACCGCUUCACACAGAUGUUUUCUGAUUAUGAGGCUUUUGUCAUUCAAGCAGCGCCGGACAGGGAAUCAUGGCUGACAAACAGGGAGCAGAUGCAAAAUUUUGACAAGGCUUCAUUUCUCUCUGACCAACCUGAGCCUUACCUCCCAUUCCUCUCACACUUCAUUGAAACCCAGAUGUUUGCAACAUUCAUCGACAAUAAAAUUAUGUCUCAGUGGGAAGAAAAGGAUCCAUUUCUACGAGUAUUUGACUCCCGAAUUGAGAAGAUAAGGCUUUAUAAUGUCAGAGCUCCUGCAUUAAGAACAUCUACUUAUCAGAAGUGCAACACAUUGAAAGAAGCAGCUCAGGCCAUCGAACAGCGACUAACAAAGAUUGAUCACACUGCCAUCCAUCCACACUUGCUUGAUAUGAAGAUAGGUCAAGGCAAAUAUGAACAAGGUUUCUUCCCCAAGCUGCAGUCAGAUGUAUUAGCAACUGGGCCUACCAAUAACAAUCGGUGGAUCAGUCGCAGUGCCACGGCACAGCGUAGGAAGGACCGCAUCCGACAACAUUCGGAGCACAUUGGUUUGGACAAUGACUUAAGAGAGCCAUCGACGGAGUUCUUGAUUCGUCAGAACUCAAUGGCAUUCUGGGAGUGGGUUCAGGGCCCACCCCCUCCUGCACGACCACCUAAAAAAUCAUUCUCUGAAUGUUGCCUGAAAUACAUGCAGGAAGCAAGGACCUUGGGGAAAAAUCUGAGGCAGCCCAAACUCUCCGAUCUUUCUCCAGCUGUAAUUGCCCAGACAAAUUGGAAAUUUGUGGAAGGUUUACUUAAAGAAUGCCGCAUGAAGACCAAACGUAUGCUGGUAGAGAAGAUGGGCCAUGAAGCAGUGGAGCUUGGGCAUGGAGAAGCCAACAUAACAGGUCUCGAAGAGAAUACACUCAUUGCUAGUCUUUGUGAUUUGCUGGAAAGAAUUUGGAGCCAUGGACUCCUGGUCAAGCAGGGAAAAUCUGCAUUAUGGUCCCAUUUGAUUCAGUACCAGGAAAGAGAAGAGAAACAAGAACAGCUUGCAGAAUCCCCCGUUGCUCUUGGGCCAGAAAGAAGGAAGUCGGACACAGGUCUUAUGUUACCCACCCUGAGAAUCUCCCUUAUCAGUGAUAUGAGGCACAUUCAGAACAUGAGUGAAAUAAAGACUGAUGUGGGCCGUGCCCGGGCCUGGAUAAGGCUGUCUCUUGAAAAGAAACUUCUAUCGCAACAUCUCAAGCAGCUCCUUUCCAACCAAGCCCUCACAAAGAAACUAUACAAGCGGUAUGCCUUCCUGCGCUGUGAAGAAGAGCGGGAGCAGUUCCUCUAUCACCUCCUUUCGCUCAACGCUGUGAAUUACUUCUGCUUCACCAGCGUCUUCACCACCAUCAUGAUUCCAUACAGGGCAGUGACUAUUCCCAUUAAAAAGCUCAGCAAUGCAAUCACCACAUCAAACCCAUGGAUUUGUGUUUCGGGAGAACUGGGAGAUACUGGAAUAAUGCAGAUUCCAAAGAACCUGCUGGAAAUGACAUUUGAGUGUCAGAAUUUGGGGAAGCUAACCACUGUUCAGAUUGGUCAUGACAACUCAGGACUAUUAGCCAAAUGGUUGGUGGAUUGCGUCAUGGUCAGGAAUGAAAUCACAGGACACACAUACAAGUUUCCAUGUGGGAGAUGGCUGGGGAAGGGUGUUGAUGAUGGAAGCCUGGAGAGGAUCCUCAUAGGAGAGUUGCUUUUGUCAUCAUCGGACGAAGACCUCGGGAAGCAAUGUCGCACACCACCUCAACAGAAAUCUCCAACUAUGGCCCGAAGACUGAGCAUCACCUCUCUCACAGGGAAAAAUACAAAACUCAGUGCAGGACAGAUUCAGGAAGGCAUUGGGGAAGCUGUGAACAAUAUUGUGAAGCACUUCCAUAAACCCGAGAAAGAGAGAGGAAGCCUCACUGUUCUCUUGUGUGGAGAAAAUGGCUUGGUUGCCGCACUGGAGCAGGUCUUCCACCAUGGCUUCAAGUCUGCACGUAUCUUCCAUAAGAACGUCUUCAUCUGGGACUUCAUAGAAAAGGCUGUUGCCUACUUUGAGACGACGGACCAGAUUGGGGACAGGGAAGAGGAUGUCCUUCUUCAAAAAUCCUCCUGCAAGACAUUCUGCCACUAUGUAAAUGCCAUCAAUACUGCUCCACGGAACAUUGGGAAGGAUGGCAAAUUCCAAAUUCUCGUUUGUCUCGGAACUCGGGAUCACUUGCUCCCGCAGUGGAUUCCACUGUUGGCAGAGUGCCCACCCAUCACUCGGAUGUACGAAGAGAACGCUCUUCUCCGUGACCGCAUGACGGUGAACACCCUCAUCAGGGUCCUUCAGACGUUGCAGGACUUCAAUAUCAUCUUGGAAGGGUCACUCAUUAAAGGGGUGGAUGUGUAGUCCAUGGCACUGCAGGCAUCUCUCCCCCUCUGCCUCCUCUCCCAGGCAAGCGAAACGUGUUGAAUUUGGGAGAGGGUGGAUCUGUUGAAACGCACACGCUGCCGGUAGCACCCCUGCUGUAUGUGAAACUCAGCUCCUUGGUCAGUGAGGGCGGCAGAGCCCCCUCACCUCUGUUAGCCUCCUUCCUUGUCUGCCCUAAAGCUGCAAACAAGCUAAGCUGCAGUAUUGUAGUUUUCAAAUCAGAGGUUUAGUAUCAAAUAGAGUAUUUUCAUGUGUUCAACGUAUGUAAAUAGGCUAUCUUCCAGCAGAAAUAUUUACCACUAAGGGUUUUUCUUAGAAUCAGUGUUCUUGGUUGGGAGAAAAAAUGUAGCUCAAAAGAACUGUAUAGGGUCGGGAAGUGAGGGAGGGUUCCAUUACUUGAGUAUAUGAAGGGGAAAGUCACUCCCUGUAUAAAAACUGUACAAAUGCAGCAGGGAGAGAGGCAUUUUCCACAUAGUGCAAAGGAACCCACGAAGACUCUAGGUAGCCACUGCUGUACUCUUCUUGUGAAUGUAAAAUGUUUGCUCUAUUCCUGUACGUUGUCGGUCUCUUGCUGUCCUGUUAGAUCCAAACCCUUUCUGUGUGCUUUGAAUAAGCUGUGAGUCGUAGGGUUCCGGACCUUCUCUGUGACUUCAGUCGGGACAAGUGGUGCAAAGAAAUGUCUUCACACUGGACCCGAAGGAUCCCUGAGCUUCAGACAGGAGCCUCCCAGGGGCUGCUGAGGAAUUUUGCUAUACUUCAUAACAGAAGAGAGAAAAAACAAGCAUCUGUGCUAUAGUUUUGAACUAUUCACUAAGCUUUUGAUGCUGACCUUCCCUUUGCCUCCCCCUGGGCUUUUGUGUUCUGUGCAAGCACUACUGGUUUCAACAGGCUUUCUUGGAAGACAAAGGGGAAGCCCUGGGAAGAAACAGUCUUUUAUCUUGAGCAGAAUUCUGGCAAAAUUGUUUCAGACAAUUGAAAAUGCCAAAAAAUGCAUAGAGUUACAUCCUCUUCCUGCAUUCAGAGGAAUAUGGGCUGGUCUGUACAUAACCUCAUCCUCAUGGGGGUGCUCCUCCUGUUGGACAAGUCUUGCCAGGCUUUGCUCACACCCCAUGACUUUGCUUGCAGAAAACUUUCCUUUGGAGCAGAAAAGAUUCCCCUGCCAGGCUGCACCAAACCAGAUAGGAUUGUGGGGAGCCACCAUGGCUAAAUAGCCUUCCGUAGGGAUGAUGAGAGCUUUAAUUCAGCACAGCCAGAGGGCCUCAGGUUGGGGAGGACUCCAAUGAGGUACAGAUCAGCUCUUAGGACUGCUGUUUCUGUUACCCUAAUCUGGGAGCUCCUUUAGCCUUGCUCCUUUCCAUCCUGCUUAAGUAAUAUAGGAAACCCAUAUUCACAUGGGGUGGACUGUGAUCAGCCUCAGCCCACCUGGAGGCCUUGGCAAUGCUGGCCUGGAAAGACGGUAAGUUGCAGCUCCUCUUGUGUGACUUCAGUAUCCCUACAGUAUCCGAGAGACACGUGAUGAGCAUCCUCUUCCAGCAGCAUGUGUACCACUGAUGUAAGAUGCCUCCCUUGGUUUUGCAUAGAUACAGCCUUUUAAAGGGCAUGAAGCAACAGGUACCCAGCUCUAGACGCUUCUGCCAGAUGGAAAAAUAUAGUCUGUUUAGUAGUUAGCAACAGUUGUAGGCAAACCGUUUAGACCAAUUGAAGGAAAAAUGAAUACAAGAUAGUGGGACAAUCCAGGAUGCAUUAUUCCAUUUUUAUCCGCUGUUGGUAUAAGACUUUCCUAAUCAUUUGAAGAGGUGGCUCAGAAAGUAGAUUUUAUUCUUCUGAUCUCUGGGGCUUAAUGAGCUCUGCGUCUCUCUGUUCCACUCAUCAUGCGUGACAAGUCUGCUGGGAGGGGAGACUCUUUGAGAGAAGCAGUUACUUAAGGCACACAGCUGCUUUCAUCAGUGCAUGUUGUCCUCCCCUUCCCUACUGCUUGUUUCCAAGAGAGGAUGGCUUAGAGUUGGAGCAUGUGGAAAAGACAUGCUGGGAAAAGGGAGCCUUCUUUGUACAGAAGCGUCAACAUUUUUCACCAGCUGAUUAUUUUCCUGUGAGGUUUGUUGAUAAGGAACUCUCUUAGGAUGCAAACGGAGGAAUCCCAGCUGUGGGUUUCCCAUGAAUACUCAGGCACUUAAAAGGGAGGAGUGAUGGGAAGAGUUUACUUCACUCUGUGAUCUGUUUCCCAGCCAGGCUGGGAAAUCCAUAAGGGAAGGAACUGGAGAGGAAAUAUGGUGGUUGGGAAGAAGGAUUAAAUGCGCACUCUUUGUACUUCAGCAGCAACUAUAGUUUGGGGCAUGCCUUGCCCUACCCAAAAGCCACCUGUCAGCUACAGCUUUCCCUGCUUCUGAUAUAAUCUGUGACCUCCAAAGGUCCUUCACCAGCUGUUUUUAGCCAGAAAAGAACAUCAGUCUUGAGAAUGCUACCCACAAACAAUUUGAAGUUCCUGGGCCAACACAUGGCUUACACACAUCAAGGCAUGUUGCCAGUAUCCGCCUGCUUGAAAAACUGGGUGGUACUGUCUGCCACACAACAUAUGGUGAAAUAGCACAUGGAUUUCACUGCAUCAGCUUCACCCCCAAGGACUCUUAACAGCAUGAUUUUGAAGCAUGCAUUUGGAAGCCGUCAGUGACAUUCUGGGUACAUCUUCAUUGGGAAACUCCACAGAUAUUCCCCUCCCCAAACAAAACCAGCUUCCUAGUUACACUUUAUCGUGUGGUUGUGAUCAGAAAUCAGGCUGCUCGGAUAUCAAGAAUCAGCCAGAUAAGUUCUGCUCAGGAUUGAUGGAAAGCAAAUGAAAUUAUUUUAAAUGCGUAAUGAAAUCUAUGGAUGAGCAUGCAACCCCAGUUAAAGCUGGGAAAAAGGACACACACAUCUUUAAUCCCUUUAGGUAGCACAUAUGGUUGUUGUAUUAAAAAGUACUUUCCAAAGUUGAUGUAUUUACAGUCACUAGAAAUACAGUGUCCUUUCUAGUUUUCUAACAAUAUGUAGGCAACCAAUAAUAGUUUGGCCUUUUGUGUUUCCCACUCACAAGAUAGAUUGUUUUUCUAGUUUACCUAUAUUCUGACAGUGGUUAAUACAGAAAAAGAAAGUGAUACCUCAAAAAUGGAAAAUAGGUCAGGGCUGAAUACUUCUAGUGUUUGAAGGGAUUGUCAAAUAACAGAAAUGUGAAGCCCUGGGGGAAAAAUAUGAAAAAAGCCAGAGUGUUAAUCACAGAUAUUCCAGGGAUUUGGGGGAAAUGGAUUUCCCCCAAUUUUGCCCCAGUCUUUAUAUUUCUGCCAAAUACCAACAUACACUUUAGUUUUUCUUUGUCACACAAUUGGCCCCAAUGCAAGAAUCUGCAAUCUUGUUUUUAGUAAAUGGCAUUAAAUUGAAUGCAGGAUGCUGCAAGGAUGGCACUUUCAUUCUAGAAGAAUAAGGCAAAUUUGAUCUCUCUUGAUUCCUGAACUGACUUCUUUCUAUCUUGCCUUGCAACUGCUGGUCUUGUGCGUAGCAAAGAGUUUUUGAGUAUCGCAUUUUUUGCUGCCUUAAGGCUUUUUCAUAACAUGGGGAAAAAUAACUAUCGACACAGAUGAGAGCAACCCCUUAAAGCUUGCAUUAGCCUUCACAAAAGGUGCCUAGCCUCCACCACUAGAAUGUGGAGUUGGACAUCCUACCAGGCAGUGAAAGUUGUGUAAGCAUUAAUUCAUUUCUCACCCUUGUGUUUCAUACCACAUCCAUAGUGAACAACUGAUGGUGUUAAAGAUGUGCUAGGGGGCGUUAGGACUUGAAACAAAUCCCUUAGCGCACUCUGCAGCUCCAGGCAAUCCUGAGCGAUACUGAUUUUCAAGCUGACCUAGUUCAAACUGGCUUCAGAGCAGGACAUGGAGUUAAGACUGCUUUGGUUAUUCUGGUGGAUGAUCUACAACUCAACAUUGGCAAUGGAAGUAUGUCCCUGCUGGAUAUCUCAGUGGCCUUCAAUACUAUAGACAUAGUAUUCUUCUGGAUCAUCUGAGGUAGCUGGGAAUUGGAGGCACUGCUUUGCAGUGGUUCUGUUCCUACCUCUUGGGUCGGUUCCAGUUAGUGAUGCUCAGAGACUGUUGUUCCUCCAAGGAGGAGAUGACUUGUGGAGUACUGCAGGGCUCCAUUCUGUCUCCAGUGCUGUUAAACAGCUACAUGAAGCUGCUGGGAAAGAUCAUCUGGAGGAUCAGUGCUGGGUGUUAUCAACAUGCUGAUGACACACAGAUCUGUUUCCCUGUACCAUCAUCUGCUGCUGCUUCUAGUGUCUCCCCUCUGAAUGACUGACUACCUGAUGAGCUGGAUAAGGAAAAACAAAUUGAAGUUGUUUCCAGACAAAGUUGAAGGUGCUUGCUCUUAAGGGUCUGAAUCCAGCAGUAGAGAUGUGUCAACCAGUUCUAGAUGGGGUCACACUACCCCUGAAAGACCAUGUUUGCAAUCUGGGGAUACUGCUUGAUGUAAUCAAGGCCCUUCAGAUGUAAUCACAGACAGAAGCUGUGGUCAAGAGUGUCUGUUAGAAGCUUUGGCUGAUAAGCCAACUACAUCUCUUCCUGGAAAGGGAUGACCAGAAAACCAGUGUAGGCACUAGUGACUUCUAGGUUCAGUUUCUGAAUUGCACUCUACAUUGGGCUACCCUUGUGCUUACACUGGAAAAUGUGACUAGUAGCCAAUUUGGCUGCCAGGCUGGUCUCUGGGACAUCAUGAAAAGACCACAUAUCACCUAUUUUAAAGUCUCUCCACUGGCUGCUGAUACAUUUCUGGAUAGUGCCCAAGAUGUUGGUAAUUGCCUUUAAGGGACUUAAUGACUUGGGUCCAAAGUACCUUCAGGGGUGCUUUUGUCCAUAUAUUUCACUUCGCCAACUAAGGUCUACCAGGGGUAAUCUGAAAUUUGCUUCUGCAAGAUUAAGGUCAACUACCCAGAGGACGUUCACAGUGAUUGCCCUAAACUGUGGAAUGAUCUACCAGGAGAGAUGCAUCUGAUAUCCCAGACAGGUAUCUUCAAGAGGGGGUUAAAGACAUAUCUUUUCCAGCAGGCCUUCCCAGAUUAAUUCUCAGAUCAGUUUUAUUUAAAAUGUUUGUUUUUAGUCAAAUUUUAAUUAUGGUUCAUUUUAAUUUCUUGGAAACUGCCCAGAGCCUAUGGGAAUUGGGCGGUAUAUAAAAAUCAAAUAGUGUGUAAGGAAUGGUCUAAUAUGUCUAUUUCUUUCUAGGCAAUAAAAUUGUAUAAUUGUGUGGUAUUAUAAUGACCUUAAGGUAUUUUUGGAGCAUGAGAUGGAUCUCCAGUAGACUAGUCAAUCUGACACCUUCAGGAGUGCAGUUCUUUGUGGUGUUUUAUUUUAUCCCUGUUGUGUGCAACUUUUUUUUUAAAGAGACAACUCUGAUCACUUGAUAUUAUGGGGUUUGUACUUUCAAAUUUACAGACCAUACUAGCUUCUUUGAGAAGUGCGACUCCAGUCACAGUUCCCCAAAAUUUAAUGCACACUUUUGAUAUCAGUGUUAAUGAUAUUUCAUUGUUAGGAAAAAUUGAGUUUUUAAAAUGACCAAAGCUUUCUGGUAACCUACCCAAUAAGUUCUGUAUUCAAGAACUGUGAUUCAAAACAUUGUAUGUUCUUAAUAGCAUUGCUAUUAGUAACAGUUUUUUAAAGAAAAAAAAAGAGGGCACAAAAUAAUCAUAGAAUGAAUUUUUGUGUAAACAUUUUAGAAAUCUCUGAAGCUAGCCAGAGUGAGGUGGUUGCAGUAUUGGGCGAACUGCAGUACUUCAUCUUCUGAAUGGACACUCUUUCAGCCCAUUUACUCAGAAGAAAAAUCUGUUGUAUUAAGUGGGACUGGCCUCUGAGUAAAGAUGUUUGGGCUGGGCUGUUAAUUGUUUUGUUUGGAAUAUGUUUGAGAGAUGCUGCAGAUUCAUCUUAACUAUGAUGUCAUUCCCCAACCCCAACAAGUGAAGGUGUAUAUCUUAUAAGGAAAUUUUGUUUGUUGACAUGUACAAAUAUUAUCUGCUAUAGUUUAUUAAAAAAACCCUCCCUUUCCUGCCCAUAACUAUCUUCAAAAUGUGUUGCUAUGUUAUCUUUUACAUUGUUAAUAAAUUAAUCAGGACUGGAUAAUAUUCAGGAAGUGAAUAUCAGUAAAAGUAUUGUUAUUUCAAGCACUUUAGCAUACAUAUCACAAACUGAUGAGGGUUGUUUUCUCCCCAGGGUUUGGUUUACGAUUAAAUGCAGCUUUUCAUGCAAUGGUCUUUACAAAUAAAACUGUUAAAACAA